AUGGACCAGGUGCCGACGACACGUACAGCGCUAGUCGUGCAGGGCCGAGGCACUGUCGAGUCAGUCGGAGGGUUGCCGCUGCCGUGCCUUUCGGAUGGCCAAGUGCUCAUCAAGACGGCCAGCGUGGCCCUGAACCCAGCGGAUGCAAAGAUGGUCAAAGCCGGGCUGCCGCUGAGCGGAGUUGCAGGCCUGGACUUUGCGGGCACAGUCGUCGCAACGCGGGCAAACGUGCGCGUGGGCGCCCGAGUGUGCGGCGUUGUCUGCGGAUACGACCAGAAGCGCCCCGAUGUGGGCGCCUUUGCUGACUACGUCGUCGCCGAAGCUGACUUUGUGCUUGAGCUCCCGGACGAUCUGGGCUUCGACGAGGCGUCGACGCUGCCAAUCGGCAUCCUCACAGCGGGGCUGGCGCUAUACAAGACGCUCAAACUGCCCCAUCCGCAACAGCACCCGCAAAAAGCGGGCCCAUACGCGCUCGUGUACGGAGCCAGCACCGCAACCGGAACGCUCAUCACCCAACUCCUUCAACGAUCCGGCCUCCACCCAAUCGCCGUCUGCUCGCCCCACAACUUCGACCUCGCCCGCCGUAGCGGCGCGACUCACUGCUUCGACUACCAUGCCGCCACCUGUGCCGCCGACAUCCGCGCCCUCACGGCCGACACGCUCGACAUGGCCAUCGACUGCAUCGCCACCACCCCCGACACGACGCGCCUCUGCUACGCCGCGCUCGGGCCCGCCGGCGGCCGCUACGUCGCGCUCGACCGCUUCUCGCCCGCUGCCCACUCCCGCCGGACGGUCCGGCCCUCGUGGGUCUUCGCCAUGGCCGCCUUUGGCACUAAUGUCGACUGGGUCGCUCCCUACACGAGCCCGGCCUCGCCUGCGACCCGCGCCUUUGCCGUGGCCUGGUUCAGGGAGGUCGAGACGCUGCUCGCAGGCGGGGCGCCGCUGCGCUGCCAUCCGCAUCGUGUCGUCGGUUGUGGCUUGGACGCCAUCCCGCAAGCCCUGGCUGUCCUGGGGGGCGGCGGUGUGUCGGGCGUCAAGCUAGUGUGCACGUUGUCGGAUGAACGGCAGGAGCGAAACUAG